AUGCUUAUACAUUUUGCGAAUGUGUUCUUAAUAAUUUUGUCCUUUAAUACAUUAACUUGUAUGGGCGGAAAAAAUCAUAUAAAAAAUUUUAAGCAAAAUUUGGAAAAUGAGACAAAUGAAUAUACUUCAGAAAAGGAGGGUAAAAAACCUUUUUUUAAAAAUGGUCAAAUAAAAUUCUACAAAAAUUUGUUUAGCAGUAAAAAUUAUUUAACCAGGCGGGGCGAUACCUCAAAGGGAAAGAAGUUAUUUGUUAUAAGAGAGAAAAAUGAAGAAAUGCACAAUAAUGGAGAAGCAGAAAAAAAUCGCGAAAGUGGUCAAAAUGGGGGAAGAAAAAACAAAAAUUUGAGUACAGGUUUAAAACAUCCCAUAUUUUUACAAUACCAUGUACGUAUAAUCAAUAUAAAAAAUAUCUUGCGUAGUUCUUUGCAAGUUAAACUUGAUCAGUUUUGCCACCCUGGAGUAGCCAGAUGCAGAGAUGGAGCAAAAAGUUGUAGAUGUUACAGGAUAUACCUAAAUCAAGUAUCAAACUUUUGCUUAGAUAACUGUGGUCUUUUUACUGAAUGCUAUGGGAAUGCUAUAGGUCAACCAUAUAAAUCAGUACCAUAUUCGUUUGUUCAGAAUAAAAUAGUAUUAACAUGUGUUGUCUCAGCAGUUCAAAGGAAGUUAAAUAAUUUAUGUGGAGAAAAUAAUGUUUUUAGAUAUAGUAAAAAUAAGAGUUAUUGUAUUCCAUACGACUUUUUAGAUAUGGAGAAAGUGGGUACAUUUUGUGUUAGUAAAUCGAAUAUCUUAGUUAUAUGUGCUGGUUUUUUAAAAGAUUCUUUUGUAAACCUAUCUGAUUUUGAACUAAUUGACAAUAUUGCUAUAUAUUCUAUUUUAGGUAAUAUGUGUAAUGAAACUAUAUAUGGUAAUGGUGAAUAUUAUGUAGGUUGCCAAAAUACUUCUAUAUCUGGCAAAACGUGUUUAGCUUGGGAAACCUUAAAUAUUAAUGAAUCAUUAGGUUUGUAUUAUAAACAUAAUUUUUGUCGAAAUCCUGAGAAGUUAGAUUAUAUAUAUUGCUUUGUUAAUGUAAAUGGUUUUAUUUUUAGAGAACAUUGUCAUGUUAAGGAUAAUAAUAUAGUUCUUAAUAAUAUUGCAUAUUCAGAAGAUACACAUUAUAGUUUUGAUUUAACUAUGAAAAAUGUAUCUGAUUUUCGUAUAAGGUUUUCCGAAAAUAAUUGUAAAAAUACAUAUUUACUUCCUAAUAAUUUAGAUGAAAUGAUAAAAUAUAAUGUAUUAAAUUAUGUAUAUCAUGAUAUAGGUGGAGAUAUAGCACUUACCAUAACUUUUAAGAAUUUUACGUAUAUAGAUUACCUAGGUAAGAACUUAUCUAUUUGUGCAUGUCAUAACGACUUCUACGAUACAAGAUCUUACAUAUGUACACGUAAUGAUUAUAAAACGAAGAUUGGGAAAUUUAAUAUUAUCAAAUCCUUUUCUAAAUCAAAACAAAAUAUCUUCUAUGUAAACCAGAUCUACGACAUUUCUAUUGAUUUAAAUCCGAAAUAUAUUAAAAGAGAAAUAUAUAUUUUAAGUGGGAAUUUUUCUCAUGAGUGUAGUACUAUUCAUUUAAUGAAAGACUCAUAUAAGGAUGAUUUGCACACUUUAUUGUAUUCUCAUGAAAGUAAAAUGAUCCAGCGAGUUAACCCACCUCUGGACCCUUCAAAAAAUUAUUCUACUAUUUAUGGGUACUCCCAAGAAAUUUUCGACUUAAGAACUUUGGUCAGAAAAAAUGAAAAGUAUAUGAAUGGUGGAGUGAAGAAUAGGAUGAACAGUACUAGUGAUACUUCCUUUCAAAAAUUGAGCAGUCUGAAAAAGGGGAACAACCUGAUAUGCAUAAAGUACACAUCUAAAGAAACGUAUUUUGCCUACCUGGGUAAAAUAAUAUAUAACGACAUCAACGAUUCGAAGAUUAAAUAUAUUUUAAGAACUAAUGAUUCUGUGUACGAAAAUAUUAUAUAUCUAAAAUACUUAUCCACUUUAAGUAAUGUUAGUCAUUUUUUUUUUAGUUCGCAUAGUUGUGAACACCCUGAUAGUAGCAAUAUCAAUGAAAAUGCUUUCAGAAUAUUUGAAGAAUAUUAUACUAACAGACUAAUAAAUUAUCCUCUUGUAUAUACAUAUAGCUAUUUUAGAUUAAAUAUUAGGAAUAUCUUUCUUAAUUCUAUUGAAAAUACAAAUGCUCUUCAUUACUUUUCAAUUAAUGGAAUUUCUUCUAUAAAGUCUCCCAUAAAUUAUAUAUGUGAAAAAAAUAUUGCGCACCGUAAUGUCAGAUCUAUAUCCUUAGUUCACUUAUCAGAUAUGCUAUAUGUUGAAUUCGAUGAGUUUGCUCAUCACUUUAAUGUUAACAGUGUACCAACAAGUAUACACAAUAAGGACUUACCCUUCGAAUGGACCAGUUAUAUUUACAAUUACUUUUAUUUUAAAGGCAUAAAUGUUUCAAGAGUUAAGAAGAAGAUAAUAUCUGUAUGGUGUCACGAGGACGAUAAUUAUAUAUCCUUAUGGUAUGUCUCGUCAAGAAGUUUAACUCCCUUCUUUCUAAUUAAGUACCAAACGAACGCCCCAAAAUUCGCCUUCGUAGAUUUUUUGGAGCCAACACGAACAGCGGCAGCUUCUAAUGCAUUAUUUAAUGUUUCCUUUAGCUCUACUUUCGGCUCUACUUAUAGCUCAACUACCCACAAAACCUCACCCGAAAUGGAGGCGAACUUCUACAUAUUCAGUGCAAAAAGAAUGACUAUCAAGAAGUACAAAACGAACACGUUUUCCUUUCUCAUACUAGUGAAACAAAAGUACUAUGCAAAUCUGAAAGAGGUGGUGAAUGUACAGUCUUUAUCAUACAAAGGGGAUAUAUAUUUUUUUCUACUAUUUCAAAACAAUACAUUUACAUUAUUAAACAGCAAUUUGGAAAAAAUAAAUAUUAUUAAUAACGAUUUAGGUGAGUACAUAAAUUCAGUGCCAAUAAAAAGUAAAUGCAUCGAUAGUAAUAACAAUGUAACGUGUUUCGUUCUGUAUAAAUAUCAUAAGAUUUUAUGGUUCAAUAUAUUAUUCAAUAUGAAAAAAGUAAUGGACAAUAUUAUGCGUAAUUUUUCUACUAAUAAUAAGAAUACUAAACUGACUGUUGAUAGUAGUAAGCCAUAUAACACGGCUGAAAAAAGCAAUAAUUUCGAAGAACUUGAUAUGAAUAAGUUUCAAUUAUAUAAACAGAUUCAUACAGUUAAAGGGAGAGCAGAAAAAGAAGAUCAUAAUUUAUCUUUGAAGAGGUACCCAGACAUACGUGUAGCAUAUAUAGAGUAUAUAUAUGCUUACAAUGAAAAGGACGAAGAGUUAUUAUUAGAAUUCCCUUCUGAUAUCCUAGUAAUUAGUAAAUUGGGGGAAUAUGUACUAUACGUUUCUUCUAAAAAAUUAAAUAAAUUAUUUAUAUACUCAACAAACAGUUCAGAAAAAUCAAUUGAAUAUUAUAAACAUAUUAGAAAUGAAUAUAUAUCUAACUAUGAAAUUGAUUCUAUUUUUAGCUACCAUCUUAUGAAUGCAAAUUUUAUAAAUUUCUUUAUCACCAAAAAGGGGGAAACCAAAAAAAAUGCCAUCUACUCUUUUGUUCAUGAAAAAUUAAGUAAGACAGAUAUUAUAUAUAAACCUAAAAUGUGGUUUGUAUAUAAUAAGAAUAUUGAAAUAAAACCUAUAAUAAAAGGGGAUAAACGACAAAUUAAAUAUUUCACUAUUCAUUAUAUCGAUGAUUCAUUAAAAGAUCAAUAUAUUAUAAUAUAUAAGAAGACGGGUAUUGUUCAUCUGAAGCUAAACAGAAUAGAAGAUACUCCAAUUCACCUCCGAAUAGUGAUGCAUGGUUUAUUUCAUAACGUUUCAACAGAAAUUAAGUUCAAUACUACAUGUGAAGAUGGCCAUUAUUAUAAGGAUAAAAAAUGCCAUCCAUGUGCAAUAGGUUUCUAUAACAACUUGAGUGAAAUUAAAAACAAUAAAGAAUAUUAUACCAAAUGUGUGUCAUGUGGAAGGCAUAAAACUACUAUAAUAGAAAAAUCUAUUAGUGAAAAUAAUUGCUUGUGCGAUUUAGGUUAUGAAUAUAUAAAAAAUCCAAAUAAUCCCCACGAGUUCAUUUGUUCUCCUUGUUCAUAUGGAGAAUAUAAAGAUACUAUAUCAAACGAAUUAUGUAAAGGAAAUGGAUGCAACGAACAUUCUAGUUCCAUCAUUUUAGGUGCAAAGAAUGCAGCAGAAAGUACUUGCCAUUGCGAUCCAGGGUAUUUUUUAAAUGUAAGUAAUACAGGUCUCAUGUAUUGUAAAAAGUGUUUACCAGAUCAUUAUUGUCCAAGUAAAUUAGUAAACAUACAAAUGUGUCCUAUAUACAAUAAAACUGAUCGUCAUUCCAGAACGAAUUAUACUUCAAUAGAUAGCUGCUUUUGCCAAGAAGGGUAUGAACCGAUAAAUGUCAAAAGAAUAACAAAAAAAAGAUCCAGGGAAGAACAUUAUUAUAAACUUUUUUUUAAAAAAUAUCCUUCAUAUUCUCCAAACAAAAUUAAUUCUAAACAUAUCUGUAUGGAAUGCAAUCAAGGGUAUUAUAAGGAUACUAUAUCAUUUGAUAAAUGCAAAAAAUGUCCAGGAAUAUCAACCAAUAAAAAAUUUGGUUCUACUAGGAAAAACAGCUGUGAUGGUUGCUAUAGAGGGUAUUAUAAAAAUUCGAAAAAAGUUUGCUCUGCAUGUUUACCUAAUCAUUUUUGUGUUGGUAGUUUUCCACAAAAGGGAUUAUCCCAAUAUACAGAGGACGCUGUCAUUUGUCCAAAUAAUUCUGUUACACUUAAACCAUAUGAAAUGAAUAUUUCCUUUACAAAUUGUCUGUGUGUACAAGGAUACGUUAAAAAUGUUCAAACGUCGUACAACUUAAAUGAACAUUGCGCCUUAACUCCUUUAAAUUUUUAUAAAGAUACUAUAUCUAAUGAUGGAGGAACGCCAUGCCCGGCUAAUAGUAUAACUAUAAAUGUUGGACAGAAAUCAAUCAAUGGAUGCAUAUGUGAUAAAGGAUAUUAUUACAGUAAAAAGCGAAUGGAUUGUGUAGAAUGCCCUAUUGGAUAUUAUUGUCCAGAAAAAAAUAUGAAAACCAAAUUUUUAAAACCUAUAAAAUGUCCAAAAAAUUCUGGAAAUAUUAAAAAAGGGUCAUAUGAAUUAGCAAAUUGCCAAUGUAAUUUUGGAUAUACUCUGAAUGUCCAAAUAAAAAAGGCUUCUACUAUGAUAAAUAACUUAGUUAAUAAAAAGAAGAAAAAUAAACGCAUCAAAACAACAUCUUCAAUACAUAUUCCUGUUGCCAAUAAAAUGAUUAGGAACAGUUAUAUUUCUUUAUAUUCAAAUAAUUUACAUAGUAAAGGAGAAAAUGAAAAAGAAAUGUUUAAAAGAAAUAUUUCCAUGUUGCUAUGUGUUAAAUGCCCAUCUGUAACAUACAAAUCAGUAAUAUCUAAUGAGCCUUGUCAUGCAUGUCCUACAAAUUCGAGAACAGUAAUGCGUUUUACAUCUACUGAUAAGUUCUUUUGUUUGUGCAACGAGGGAUAUUACUUAGAUGAGCAGACGUGUAAACCCUGUUCCUUGAGUAAAUUAUACUGUGCAGGAGAAUAUAUAUAUGAAAUUUCUCCUGAUGAAUAUGAUGAAAUGAUAAAGAUAAUUGAAAAGAACAUCUAUUUAUUUAGUGAUUCAUAUAAGAAGAUUUUUGUAAAUUCAUUUGUUCAUAAUUAUAGGGGUAAGGUUUCUAAUUUGCACAAAAACAGGGAUAGGGAUACAGCCAAAAGGGGAAUUUCCACCAAGGGAAGAUACAAGCGUGAUAACGCAAAUUUAAUGUCUUAUUUUUCUAGUGAAAACUACUCAUUCCUUUUAUUGGGCCGCCUGAGCAAAAUAGCACACUCGGGUGGUCAUUUCACAGACCAUAGAAAUCUACUGCAAGUGUUAGGAAAAGGGAAUUUAAAGCAAAAUAAUAGUAGUAGUGAUGGUAAUGGUAAUAAUAAUAGUGAUGGUAAUGGUAAUAAUGAUAGUGAUGGUAAUGGUAAUAAUGAUAGUGAUGGUAAUGGUAAUAGUAGCAGCAGAAGUAAUAGGAGCACUAAUUUUAGGGUCAUUUUUUUGAAAAACUUCUUCUACACAGAUCAUAAAAAUUACAUAUAUGCAAAAUACCAAAAGUUCGUAACAUGCCCAAAAAAUACAGUAAUUCCUUUAGGGGUAGAUUCUGCACACACAUUUGACGAUUGCAAGUGUGCAAAAGGAAAUUAUCUAGAGUCAGAAGAUCUUUCUCAGGGUAUUAAAAUAUGUAAACCAUGUAAAGAGGGAACUUUUAAAAAUUUUGUUGGGGAUGAGAAAUUCUGUGUUUCUUGUCCCCCUAAAUCUACUAGUCUACAAGGGUCGUUAUAUCCUACUCAUUGCUUUUGUAAAGAAGGAUUUUAUUACAAUAAAGAUAAUUGUUUAGAAUGCUUAGAAGGAGCUACUUGUAAAGGGGGUUUAUAUAAAAAAGCAAUGAUGAAAAUACAAAUGGAUAUAGAAAAUGUUCAUAUUACUGCAGAGGAUCAUGUAAAACCUGAAUCAAAAAAAGGUUAUUACUUAGAUGAAAAUACGUCCAUAUUUGUAGAUGUUAGUGAAUGGAAAUUUAUUAAAUGUCCAAUAAAUGGAAGUUGUUUAGAAAAGAAUAAAUGUCAUUAUAGUAUGAAUAAUUAUUUAUGUGUUGAAUGUGUUAAAGGGUAUACAAAUAGCUUCAUGAGAACUAUAUGUGUAAAAUGUCCAAGUAAUAGAGUUAAUAUUAUGCUUCUACUAAUUAUUUAUAUAAUUUUUUGUUUUAUUAUUAUAAUAAUAUCUUUCUUAAAUAUAUCCUCAGGAUUUUACAGAAGAUCUAUUCAUUCGAUAGUAAUUAAGAUUGCUGUUAAUUAUGUUUCAAGUAUGUUAGUUAUCAAGGUAUUAGAAGAAAAUAAAUUGCAGCUUCCAACAUAUGUAUAUCAUUUUUAUAAUAAAAUUAAUAAAUUUAUAUAUAGAGUUGAAAAUAGCAAAAUUGUAAGUGUGGAUUGUUUACUCAGAUAUUAUUUUGACCUCAGUUAUGCAGAUUCAUUUUUCUAUACUAGUUUAGUGUUUUUUCUUAUUCCAUUAUUUCUAAUGGCAACAUUAACAGUUAUAUUGUUCCUGAUUUUGAAAAUAUACACAUUGGUAAAAAGCAAGGCAAUUGCAAACAAGCUGGAUUUACUAAGAAUAGCAAAAAAGGAAAAAAUUCAUUUUUUAGCUAACUCUUUAGAAAACUCAUAUUCAAAAGAAAGAUUUAUUAUGAUAUUACGAUAUAUAACACUAACACAUUACUCAUUAAUGGAUAGAGUUUAUAUAUUUUUUGAAGAUAUGAUACCUGUGUAUGUUACCUUUUUGUUUAUAAUGCAUGCAAAAACAUCUCUACGGAUGUUUCAAUUAUUUGAUUGCUCUUACAUUAAAUAUACCAAACAUUUUGGAAAAUAUGUAUUAAGUAGAGCUAGUAGUGUUCAGUGUGAUUUGAAAACAAAUUAUUUGAAAUUUUUUCUAUUAGGAAUAUCUGGUACUAUUGUAUGGUCCUUAGGAAUUCCUUUAUUUUCUUUCUAUGUUCUGUACAUAAAUAGACAUAAUUUAUUUCAUGAAAAUGUGCGUAUCAAAUAUGGCUUUUUACAUAAUGGAUAUUUACCUAAUAGAUGGUACUGGGAAAUUAUCGUUUUUGCUCGUAAAAUUAGUGUAUUAUUUAUCACUACUGUAAUUCUUUUUUCAUCUGACAAGGAUACAAAUACAUCGAGAUUAUUAAUUUUUACUUUCGUUGCUAUAUUUUCUUUAUAUGUACAUUUUAUUUUCCAGCCAUUUGAUAAAAGAAAUUUUUUCACUCUAAAUAAGUUAGAAAAUUUCAGUCUUUACAUAUGGGUUUCUACCAUUAUUGUUAUCUCUGUUUUAUUAUCUAUUGAUCUAAAUGCAUCCCUGAAUUUUUUAAUUUUAUUUUUUUUAAUCUUUUUCCAUAUUAUAUUUAUUGUAAAGCUAUUAAUUUGUUUAUUUUAUGAAUGUAUUGACAAUAUUAGAAGAAAAAAAGCUUGCUAUCAUAUACCUAUUAUUGGCAUCUAUGCGAAGUUGUUAGGGGAUAUUGUCGAAAAGAGGAAGAAAAAAGAGCCUUUAAUUUAUUACGAUAAAAGUACCAAACGAAUUGCUAUUAUUUUACCUGAACGGGUCAAAAAUAAAAAAAAAGCGCGCAAAAUUAAGAGUAAAUUUACGCACGCAUUUACAAACCUUUUUAAAAGCUUAUUCAAUUUUAAAAAAAAAGCAAAAAGGGAAGGAUACGAUAAACUGAAAAACAGUCAUCAGGAAUAUGAACGACAUGGUGAAACAAAAAGUGGUGCAGAUAAAAGCGAAAAUGGUAGAAUGAGAAGUGGAGAUAAUAAUAAUGAUGGUAAUAAUGAUAUUUAUAAUGAUAGUAAUAAUGAAGGUAAUAAUGACGAUGCUACGAAUUACGACAUUGUGAACAUACAUAAGGAAAGCGAACAAACUUCUUUCCAUGGGGAAAUUGUAAAAAACCAAAAAAUGAGUUUUUACUUUUUUUUAAAAAGUACUGGUUUGCCAAUUUACGGUUAUAUCAACAAGGAACAUAGAAUGUUUGCAAUAGAAAUUUAUAAAGAAUUGCUAGAUAUAUUUUUAAAAAAUGUUACACUAACCUACGUUUCUGAUGUAUUUUUUGAAUUCAUAUUUAAAAUCUCAAUUAAUAUAGGGAACUUAAUAGAUAACCUAGAUCAAAAAGACAAAAUAUUUGAAUCACUGGAUCAAGAACAAAACUUUAACAACAUUAUUCAGUGGUCUCUGGAAAGAAAAGAAAAAUAUAAUGAAAAUAAAAAAUGGGUAAAAGGGAAACUAAUUUCUUUGAAACAUUGCAAAUAUAAUUGUAGUUUACUUAAACAGGAUAUCGACACAUUCCAAAUUCCUCAACUAUUUGGAAAUGAUGAAAUGGAAGAGGAGAAGCAAAAAAAAGAUCAUAAAACAAGUGUCUCCAAGGAUGAGAGAGAAAAGCUGUUUUCAUUUUUCAGCGACGACUUACUGAAUAAAAAAAUUGCCUUGUCAGAAUUUUACUUCAUUCUUAUUGAGCUAAAGCUGAAGUACUACAGAAACUUACCUUCCUAUUUUUACAUGUUCAAACUUUACAAAAAAUUAGAAAAAAAGUAUGAAAGACAACAACUGAAAAAAUUAAAUGCAAAGUUAAAAGAAUGUCAAAGAAUUAAAGAUACCAAUGAGACAAAAUAUAAUAACGAAAAUAUCCAAAUACAUGAAAUAAAAGAAAAAAAGUUACAAUUGUAUAGAGAAUUUAAUAAUCUAUCUAAAAUGAUGGAACAAUUAAAAUAUAAAUAUAUUAAUUUAAAUAAUAACGAUUUGAAAAAAGGUUCAUGCAAUGAGUGGACAAAUGAAGAUUUUUCUGAUGAUAUUUCACUAUCUAGUUCAGAAUCGAUUAAAAAUUAUUUGCUCGGAAAGGAAUUGAACCACAAGGGGGACCAAACAUAA